GAAAGAACUCGGGCUGACUUGGAUGAGGAGUGCGGUGUCUGAAGCCGCUCGUACUGAAGUCUUGAGGCCCGUCUCCCAUCAUUGUUCGAGUCAGCACCAUGGCUGGCUUCAGGCAGGAGGAGGUCGAGCUGUAUUAUGAGAUGGGAGAGGAGCUGGGCAGCGGACAGUUCGCCAUCGUCCGUAAGUGCAAGGACAAGAGCACGAGCGACGAGUACGCAGCCAAGUUCAUCAAAAAGCGGCGACUGUCGUCCAGCCGGCGAGGGGUGAGCCGCGAGGAGAUCGAGCGCGAGGUCAACAUUCUGCGGGAGAUCCAGCACAGCAACAUCAUCACGCUCCACGACAUCUUUGAAAACAAAACGGACGUGAUCCUGAUCCUGGAGCUGGUGUCAGGCGGAGAGCUGUUCGACUUCCUGGCUGAGAAGGAGUCUCUGACCGAGGAGGAGGCCACACAGUUUCUCAAGCAGAUCCUGGACGGCGUUUACUACCUUCACUCCAAACGCAUCGCUCACUUUGACCUGAAGCCUGAGAAUAUCAUGCUACUGGAUAAGAAUGCUCCCAACCCCAGGAUCAAGCUGAUUGAUUUUGGCAUCGCUCACCAGAUUAAAGCAGGGAACGAGUUUAAAAACAUCUUUGGAACUCCGGAGUUUGUCGCACCAGAAAUAGUCAACUAUGAGCCACUUGGCCUGGAGGCAGACAUGUGGAGCAUCGGAGUGAUCACAUAUAUUCUGCUGAGCGGCGCGUCACCAUUUCUGGGCGAGACAAAACAGGAGACCUUGACCAACAUUUCUGCUGUCAACUACGACUUUGAUGAAGAGUAUUUCAGCAACACCAGCGAGCUGGCCAAGGACUUUAUACGCCGUCUGUUGGUCAAAGAUCCAAAGAAGAGAAUGACGAUUGAUCAGAGUCUGCAGCACCCCUGGAUAAAGGUGAUCAAGAGGCGGAAUGUUCGUCAGGAGGACAGAGACCACAAAACAGAGCGCCGGCGCCUGAAGACCACGCGGCUGAAGGAGUACACCAUCAAAUCCCACUCCAGCAUGCCUCCAAACAACACCUACGUGAACUUCGAGCGCUUCUCCCAGGUGCUGGAGGAGAUUGCGGCGACAGAAGAGGGCCUGAGGGAGCUGGAGCGAAAUCAGCGCUCCUGCCAGGAGGAUGUGGCAGCGCUGCUGUCCAUAUACGAGGAGAAGGAGGGCUGGUACAAGGAGGAGAACCAGAGCAUCUCCACCGACUUGAGCCACAUCCGCCAGGAGCUGCAGCGCACGCAGGCCCAGCGCAGGAAGUGCCAGGAGGACACCCGGCAGACCAUGCAGAACGCCAACACCCUCAAGCGAAAGUUCGGGCGGCUGGAAAACCGCUACGAGGUUCUGGCUGAGCAGGUGGCCUCUGAGGUCCGCUGGGUGGAGGAGCUGCUCAAGUCCAUAUCUGCAGAGGACGGCCUUGGAUUUGGCAGCUUGCCCUGAGCGGGACGUCGUCCAGCAAUGACGUUUUCACUCGUCGUGUUUCGUCCUUCUGCUUGAUUCAUGUGUGCGAUCACCGAACGCUCCGCUAUUUUACCAUCGAGA